AUUCAAUCCGUCGCCCUUCGCCCAAGUUCCAGGCUUCCAUGAUUCCUCGCUCGCUGCCUCCAUCAACUUACGACGCUCUCUACGCUGCUUCUGCUUGAAUUCACUGUCGCUGCACUUACUACUCUGGACUCCGUGGUCGAUUAGGGCAACAACCAUGUCAUUCGACCGGCUCUCGUCCCUCGAGUCGCAGCCGACUACGACCCGGCGCCAGGAUGAUCCCCAUUACAGAGACGACCCUGAGUUUCAAGACUUCACCGAAUCGUUGUCCACGAAGCUUUUCGAGUUAACGUCCAACAUCUCGCGCCUGUCCAACCAGCUUGCGAAACGGGAUACAGAAAGAGUUCGAGAACGGGUACAUGACCUACUUGAGGAAACACGUGAAGGAUUUAAGGAAGUGGGAGAAGGGGUCAAGAGGGUACAAGCCUGGCCGGAUUUAAAUCCCGCUCAAAGAUAUACAAACCAGAAAUUAUCGCGAGAGUUCGCAUCUGCCCUUUCGGAGUUUCAAGUAGUGCAGAGAAGGGCGAUCGAGAAAGAGCGAGCCUCUAAGGCGGCGCUCGAAGAAGCCACAAGCGCUCAGUCACCAUCAGCAGAAGGACAACAACAGCUUCAAACCCUCGAAGAACCCAGACUGGCACAACAAGACGAGGUCGACUAUCAAGAGAACCUGAUCAUUGAACGAGAAGGAGAAAUCCGACAGAUCGAACAGUCUGUUGGCGAACUGAAUGAAUUAUUCCGCGAUGUCGCCACCCUUGUGCGAGAUCAAGGUGAUCUGAUCGAUGCGAUUGAUGUCAACGUCGAGAAUACCCUGACCGACACACGGGGAGCGGAUGUGGAACUAAGAAGCGCAAGUCGAUAUCAGAAGGCGGCACGCAACAAAGCCUGCUGUUUAUUGUUGAUAUUAGCCAUUGUGCUGUUGAUCAUUAUCUUGGCUGUUGUUUUGGGGUGAGAAGCAGACGCCGCGAACUGGAGGAUUCGGCGUCCGGCUGUGGGCAUCAAUGAUCGGAUUGUAUAGCAACUGCGGUCUGAAGGGUAUUUUAUUGCGUAAAGGGCGUUUGGGAAGAUAUGGCAUGGUAGAGUUAGACCAGGCUGCACCCAGGUCAAGUCAGUAAUACUACGUCGAACAUAUCUUUGAUACCUCUGUCUUGCAUCGACCUUGGAGGAUGCGCGCUUGUGCUUAACCGGAGUACUUCACACACGCAA